AUAAACUAAAUUUAACAUAUGUGACGACAUAUUAAUCGCAACCUGUUUGUUAAAUUAUACGAGAAUAUAUGAGAGAAAACGAAACUAAUGGAAAGAAAUCAAUUGAUUUUGAUAGAAUUAUUAGUUGAUACAGUGAAUAUUCCUACCAUACGAGCAAUACACGAUGAGAUAUUGCCGGUCAAAACAUGUGUUUCGUUUCAAAUAUUAAACCUGCCUCCCAUCAAUAUUUAUCAAGAAGCACCAACGGAAGCUUGCGCCUGUAUCCCUAAUGGACCGCAAGUCUUCAAGAAGGGCAAGUCCUGCCUAUUCGCCCUUCCGGACAGUGUUCUACAGAAACCAUUGUGCAACUUUCCUAUGGUAAUGUCUGUUUAUAAAGAACUGCCGCCAGGACUCCUGCCGGAUGUGAUACUAAUUGGCACUCAUCGAAUUCAACUUCACGGUUUCAUGAACUCUCUACUCGGUAUGCAGAACUCUCAGGACAGUAAGCCGUGCAAAACGAUGAAGAACGCUUUUAAAAUUACCACGGCGACGGGACAAUACGUGGGCGAAGUCACGGUCUUUAUUCGUGUCUCGUGCUUUGGCAAGAAGAUCGUCACGCAGUUUCAGCUUCCUCACAAUAAGAAACCCUAUCUCUUCAAGGGCGUCGACGACGGUCCCGUAUACCAAUGCAAAAGGGUCACUUCCGCUCUGCAUACACGACAGAUAAACUGCGUGUGUCCUGGCAAGAAAGUUGGUGAUGGCAGCGGAGAAGCGAUCGCUAGAAGAACUCGUUGUUGCGUUAGCGCCGAUGAGCGAAGAAGACAAUUAGGGGAUAUCAAAAGAGAUAAAUGUCCACCGUGUUGUCGCGGUACGCGGGAUAUUUCCAGGAGCAGAGAAACCGUCAGAAAAUGUGGCUGCGUCGUUAAGGAAGAACAGACUUACAAUUGCACUAAGACAAGCAUCAAACAUUCAACAUGAAUGGAGAAGGGCAG